AUGGCGGUCUUGUCAUCAUCCCUGGUGACUGCUGCGGACUUGACCGACUAUGUGCUACCAAGCACUGGUCAGGCGAAUGGGGGCAAUACCUUUCCGGGCGUGAGCUGGCCGUUGGGCAUAGUGAAACUUGGUCCAGAUCUGUACGACGGAUCUGACGCGUAUUCUGGCUAUAGACCUACCGGCAACUUUACUGGCUUCUCCAUGCUUCACGAGAGUGGGACAGGCGGUGCGCCCAAGUACGGCGUAGUCUCGCAAAUGCCGGUCCUGGGAACCGUCAUUAACCCGCUGGCCGACCACAAUGACACAAGAUCUUCCCCUGAUGUGAGCCAAGUUGGGUACUAUCAAUCGUUUUUGGGAUCUGGAAUCACGGUGGAGUUGGCAGGCACCGAGAGAGCGGGCUUUUAUCAGUAUACGUUUCCGGAGACCAACCAGACGAGAAAUGUCAUCGUCGACGUAAGCCAUGUGCUGUCGAGCUACCGCGGCAUGGGGCUCCAGCAGUCCUACCUAGGAGGCAACAUUGAAGUCGUUGACGGGGAUACGAACCAAAGCUAUUACAAGGGCUAUGGUUCUUACAACAAUGGCUGGAAUCGAGCACCAAAGUGGACAGUCUACUUCUGCGGGCACUUCGACCCUGCUCCAUCGACAUACAAGACCUUCCUCGGCACUGGCAACACCAACAGCACUCUCCUUGAGUAUCCUGCUGGUGAUAAUGUCACAUCAACUUCGCGUCUUGGUGUUUCCUUCACAUUCGAUGAAAGCAAAGUCACUUCGAGGGUUGGCGUAUCCUUCAUUUCCACGGAACAAGCCUGCUCCAACGUCGACUCGCAAAUUUCCACGGGGACAACUUUGGAGAGCCUGAGAGAAAGAACCAAAGAUGCAUGGAACAGCAAGGUCCUGUCCAAGGUGACGACUACGGAUACGAGGAAUCCGACUGAUUUGCAGCUACUAUACUCAUCACUGUACCACAUGAGCAUAAUCCCGACCAACAAGACGGGGGAGAAUCCUUUGUGGGCUUCCUCGGAGCCAUACUAUGAUGACAUCUUCACACUUUGGGAUCUGUUUCGUUGCAGUACUGCUCUGUUCCAUGUCAUUCAGCCUGUGGCAUAUGAGGAGUACAUUCGCUCGCUCAUCGACGUUUGGAGAAAUGUGGGUUUCAUGCCCGAUGCGCGCUCGUCUUUCUGGAAUGGGGCGACCCAGGGCGGCUCGAAUGGCGACAAUGUCCUUGCAGACGCGUAUGUCAAGGGCGUACGGGGCAAGAUUAAUUGGGAGGAUGGUUAUUCUGCAAUGCUCACAGACGCAGAGGUGACGCCGCCCAACAACAACGAUCCCCGUGAUCCCACUGGGUCUACCAGAGAGGGCCGAGGGGCUCUGCCGGACUGGCUUGAGUAUGGUUUCAUCACUCCGUCCUUUGGCCGCUCCGUCAGCCGCGCAGUGGAAUAUUCGGUGAACGACUUUGCUGUCUACACUGUCGGACAUGGGUUGGGCGAUGAGACUGCAUCGACGUAUCUGAAACGAAGCCAUAAUUGGAGAAACCACUGGAAUCCCGACGCCAAAUCCCUCGGCUUCUCUGGAUUCGUUGUCCCACGGAACCUCACUGGUUUCAUCCCGCAGGAUCCUCUAAGCUGCGGAGGCUGCUACUGGGCUGACUAUUAUUACGAAGCUUUGCCUUGGGAGUAUUCCUGGAAUGCCCACCACGACAUCGACACACUGAUAUCAUACUGUGGCGGAGAGGCAACCUUCGUUAAGCGCCUCGAGAAGAUGUUCGAACCAGGAGCAUACCCUGCGGGCUCAUUCGACGGGAUGAUCUUCAACCCUGGUAACGAGCCCUCAUUUACGACCCCGUACCUUUUCAACUUUGUCAAUCGCCAAGAUCUCACCGUCUACUACACACGCAAGUUCGCCAAGGCCUAUUAUUCUCCAACCCCUACCGGUCUACCGGGUAACUCAGAUGCAGGUGCAAUGGAGACCUGGGUGCUAUGGGUGAUGCUUGGCUUGUAUCCCAUGACUGGCCAGACCACUUUCUUGGUAGGGAGUCCCUGGUUCCGCGAUCUUACGAUCGAUCUUGGUGGUGGGAAGAAACUGGAGAUAUCAACCAGCGACGGAAGUGAGACGUCCUACUAUGUUCAAAGCCUCAAGGUGAACGGAGAAAAGUGGAACAAGUCGUGGGUCACUUGGUCCGACAUCUUUGAGAAAGGCGGAACAAUGGACUUUGUUUUGGGACCUAAUCCGUCCAAUUGGACGACUGGUCCACCGCCACCGAGCCCUGGGACCGAGGCCGCUGCUCAACGGCCCAGGUGA